CUCGGCGGUCUGCUUCAGGGGAGAGACUGGGAGAAUUCUUGUACAAAGGCCUGACCUGCACUGCGAGCACAACCAGUGGCAAGAAUUCAAAGAAAGUGAAACACUUCUGUCCCUCUUUUUCCUUGUCUGAACGCUCUCGUCUUCAGAUCUGCGUGCAUUCCCUUUCUCAGCUUUGAUAUAGCAUAUUCUUUGUUCUUUGGAAUCCUUCACUUCACCCCUCCGCAUUCGUCUUAUCACUGUAUACCCAAUUCUUCACCUGGCCUACAUCUCAAGAGCAAUCACCUCGUCAUAUCAGCCCUGGCGGCUGUCAUCCUAGGACGUCCUCGCUUCCUUCAGGCCUACUGGAUACAGUGACUUUGAUAAAAGACAACCUCGUCACUGCGUUCGAUCUUCCCUCGGUGGUAAGACUGUGUAGCAGCAGUUACACUCGGCAAACAUGGCCCAGUACCCUGGUCACCAACUCAACGAUCUUCCUCAUGGAAACGCCUAUAGACCACCACCUAGUCGACACUCAGACGACGAAGCAGAGCAUUCGUUACUGCAUCAGCCCUCCGCAUACCAAGUUCCGUACGACGACCCUCACUCCCGGCCAUUAACACCAGGACAAGAGUCGGUGUAUACUCUGAACGAGUCGUAUGUGGGAGGAGACCCUGCAAAAGCCCCAGUCACAGGAACAAACUACAACCAACAACCAUAUGGCCAGCAGGGCGGUUAUGGCUACAGUUCGCAAACUGGCUUCCCUGCUCCUGGACCUCCACACCCGAGCGAUCCAACCAGCACUACCGAUGCGUGGACAGAGCGGCAGGCGCCUGGCUAUGGUACGAUCAAGCGAUAUGCUACAAGAAAAGUCAAGCUGGUUCAAGGAAGUGUUCUGAGCAUCGAUUACCCUGUGCCGAGUGCAAUCCAAAACGCUAUCCAAUCCAAAUACCGCAGUGACCUCGAAGGUGGUAACGAGGAGUUCACGCAUAUGCGAUACACAGCAGCCACCUGUGAUCCCGACGAUUUCACGUUGAAGAAUGGCUACAAUCUGCGGCCAGCUAUGUACAACCGACAUACCGAGUUGCUGAUUGCCAUCACCUACUACAACGAGGACAAAGUCCUGACUGCUCGGACUCUCCACGGUGUUAUGCAGAAUAUUCGUGACAUUGUCAACCUCAAAAAGUCCGAGUUCUGGAAUAAAGGAGGUCCAGCAUGGCAGAAGAUCGUGGUCUGUUUGGUCUUCGACGGCAUUGACCCUUGCGACAAGAACACAUUGGACGUCUUAGCGACCAUUGGUAUCUAUCAAGAUGGCGUCAUGAAGAAAGAUGUCGAUGGCCAGGAGACUGUCGUUCAUAUCUUCGAAUACACUACCCAGCUUUCAGUCACACCCAGCCAGCAACUCAUUCGACCCAACGACAACGAUGCAACCUCGCUUCCUCCUGUCCAGAUGAUAUUCUGCUUGAAGCAAAAGAACAGCAAGAAGAUCAACUCUCACAGAUGGCUCUUCAAUGGAUUCGGCCGCAUAUUGAAUCCUGAAGUGUGUAUCCUGCUUGAUGCAGGUACAAAGCCCGGUCCAAAGUCUCUGGUGGCCCUGUGGGAGGCCUUCUACAAUGACAAAGACCUCGGUGGUGCUUGUGGUGAAAUCCAUGCCAUGUUGGGUCGCGGAGGUGUCUUUGGCAGGAAACUGUUGAAUCCCAUUGUGGCCGCUCAAAAUUUCGAGUACAAGAUCAGCAACAUUCUCGACAAACCCUUGGAGAGCUCUUUCGGAUAUGUCAGUGUCUUGCCUGGUGCCUUCUCUGCAUACCGUUUCCGGGCGAUUAUGGGUCGCCCUCUUGAACAAUAUUUCCAUGGUGAUCAUACCUUGUCCAAGCGCCUGGGCAAGAAAGGCAUCGAAGGCAUGAACAUUUUCAAAAAGAACAUGUUCUUGGCCGAAGACCGUAUCUUGUGUUUUGAGUUGGUCGCAAAGGCCGGGUCCAAAUGGCACCUGUCUUACGUCAAAGCAUCCCGAGCUGAGACGGAUGUACCUGAAGGCGCUCCAGAAUUCAUCGGUCAGCGUCGACGUUGGCUUAACGGUUCAUUUGCCGCCUCCAUCUACUCCCUCAUGCAUUUCUCACGCAUGUACAAAUCCGGUCACAACAUCAUUCGAAUGUUCUUCUUUCACGUCCAGAUGCUUUACAACAUUGUCUCGGUCACGCUUUCUUGGUUUUCUCUCUCGGCCUUCUGGCUCACGACCAAGAUUCUUAUGGAUCUCGUCGGCCAGCCUAGCAGCCAGAAUGAUAAUACGGCCUUCCCUUUCGGCGACACCGCGACUCCUAUUAUCAACACAAUACUGCAGUAUCUGUAUCUGGCUUUCCUCCUGUUGCAAUUCAUUCUGGCCUUGGGCAAUCGACCCAAAGGUUCAAAGGUUGCAUACAUCAUGUCAUUCGCCCUUUUCGCGCUCAUCCAGCUUUAUGUCAUAGUUUUAUCGAUGUACCUGGUUGUUCGGGCUUUUACAACCAAAGAUGGCACCGACAUUGUUACGAACGAGGGCGCAAAUGAAUUUGUCAAGUCGUUCUUCGCGUCGACUGGACCUGGAAUCGUUAUCAUAGCCCUGGCAGCGACUUUCGGGUUGUAUUUCGUGGCUUCCUUUCUUUACUUGGAUCCGUGGCAUAUGUUUACCUCCUUUGGCCAGUAUCUUCUCCUCAUGCCAUCCUUCAUCAACAUUCUCAUGAUCUAUGCUUUUAGCAAUUGGCAUGAUGUCUCCUGGGGUACGAAGGGUUCGGACAAGGCAGAUGUCUUGCCUUCGGCUCAGUCAAAGAAAGAUGAGAAAGGCAAGAUGGCGGUCAUCGAAGAAGUCGACAAGCCACAAGCCGAUAUUGACAGUCAAUUCGAAGCGACCGUCAGACGCGCUCUGGCUCCUUUCAAGGCUCCCGAGGAGAAAGAGGAGAAAACUCUGGAAGACUCUUACAAGAACUUCCGGACUCGACUUGUCGCAACUUGGAUCUUCUCCAAUGCUCUGCUGGCUGUUGCAAUCACCAGUGACAGCAUUGACAAGUUCGGAUUUACUUCUCAAGCUACCUCUAGAAGUAACCACUUUUUCCAAGCCUUGCUUUGGACAACGGCGGCUUUGUCAUUGGUUCGAUUCAUCGGAUGUUGUUGGUUCUUGGGCAAGACUGGAUUGUUGUGCUGUUUCAACCGAAGAUAGGCAUUCAUCGUCUUGCUGCAUAGCGUGGGGUUGGGGGCUUUGAGUCAGAUUAAUAUGUGGUUUCCGGCAUUUUCACAAACAUGGAUCAAAACAAAUGUGUAGCAUAUGUCGGUGUUGGCAACCCGAAGCUGCCAGGAUCACAAUUCAUGGACCAAUGUAUAUUGGUCAGGUCAUACACUAGAGAUGUCGAGGACGAUGUGGACGACGAGAUGAUUAAUAAGGCAAAAGUGUGUGACGGUGACAUUUCUUGACCUACGGUGCCGGGUAGGUAUCGGAGAAAAGCAGUAGCCUCAGAGCGCCUCAUCUACGCCGAACUGCGUCAUGUGAG